UCGCUAUCGAGUCGUCAGGGUCGUGCCGCUCGUGUGAUCGGAUUGAAAGACUCAAUUGACUUUGCCUGCUCCAUUUUGUCCCUCCUCGAACGCUUUGCUGCGUUUCCCGAGCCCUUGGACUUUUGCGCCUGCCAUCCACUGUGCCCCUGAAGCCGCGCCUCCACAUUCGAAGUCAUGUCGCAACGAGUGACGCGGUCGCAAGCCGGCUAUACGCCCAAGAAACCAGAGAAUCCGGGCUUUGUCGAGACACCUGGUCGCAGAAGGUCGCAACGCCGCAAGUCUAUUUCCACGGAAAAUACACAGCCCAAUGGCUUUAUCAAGCGCAGCGAGAUCAGUUCGACGCCCGAGAAGCCGUCGAGCAACGGCUAUACGAACGGCAACGGCCACACAACAGGGUAUCCCAACGGAUACGCCAGCAAUGGACACGCCAAUGGCUCUACGAAUGGCAAUGCUCAAAAGGAAGAGCCUGCCUUAUCAGAUGCGUCUCAGGAAGCAGCCAAGAACUUCCCUCCCAAGGACAAGGGCGGUCUGCACGAAUUUGGUGGUGCUCUUGGUAUGGGCGCCAUGAUGACCGGAUUUCCAGCUUUGAUGUACUACAUGUGGAUUGGCGCGACAUUUUACGACGGAAAGUUCCCCAAGCCAGCUGAAGGUGAGAGCUACUCAGACUUUUUCGGACAUAUGUGGAAUCUGGUCAAGACAGAAGCGUACCCCACCAACCAGGCGUGGCAGAUCUACUGGUUCUUUGGACUAGUGCAGAUGGCAUUCUACAUGUUCAUGCCUGGUGUCUACCGCAAGGGCAAGCCCCUUCCUCACCUUGGUGGAAAGCAGCUAGACUACUACUGCUCCGCGAUGUGGUCGUUCUACUCCAGCAUUGUCAUCAUGCUGGCUCUCCAUUUCACCGGCGUCUUCAAACUCUACAUCCUCGUCGAUAAAUUCGGCCACAUCAUGACGGUUGCCAUCCUAUCGGGUUUCCUGUGCUCCACCAUUGCAUACGUCUCUGCGCGCGUCGGCGGCGCCACCGUGCGCAUGACUGACAACGUUGUCGUUGACUUCUUCCUCGGAUCUGAGCUGAAUCCCAGGCUGUUCGGAAUCUUGGAUUUCAAGAUGUUCCUCGAAGUCCGCAUCCCGUGGUUCAUCCUCUUCUUCCUGUCUCUCGGUACCUGCCUCAAGCAGUACGACUCAUACGGAUACGUGUCUGGAGAGGCCAUCUUCCUCCUCUUCGCCCACUGGCUGUAUGCUAACGCUUGCGCCAAGGGCGAGCACCUGAUCAUCACAACCUGGGACAUGUACUACGAGAAGCUCGGCUUCAUGCUCAUCUUCUGGAACAUGGCUGGUGUGCCCCUCUCUUACUGCCACUGCACUCUCUACGUCGCCAACCACCACCCUAACGAGUACACGUGGCCAACCUGGUUCGUCGCCGCCCUGACGGUCGCAUACCUCGGCAUGUACUACAUCUGGGACACCACCAACAGCCAGAAGAACCAGUUCCGCCAAGAGGAGCGUGGCGUAGUAGACGAGCGCACCACCUUCCCCUACUUCAAGUAUGGCCGCAUCGCCAACCCCAAGACCAUCACCACCAAGCAUGGAAACAAGAUCUUGGCUGAUGGCUGGUAUGGCAAGGCCCGCAAGAUCCACUACACCUGCGACCUAUUCUUCGCUGUCUCCUGGGGUCUGAUCACCGGCUUUAACUCGCCGUUCCCCUGGUUCUACUCUGUCUUCUUCGCUGGCAUGAUCAUCCAUCGUGCGCUCCGUGAUAUCGCGAGGUGUCGUGAGGUGUACGGUGAGGCAUGGACAGAGUACGAGAAGCAGGUGCCCUACCUCUUCAUCCCCUAUGUCCUCUAGAUGCUUCAAGAGCACGUGUUGCUAUGCUGAACCUUUCAAUAGGCUUUGGCUCUUUUCAUCUAGGCGCUUUUGGCCGCCAGCACAUAUUCCCUUUGCACUUCUAGAUCACAUUUUUCCACACUACGUACUGUAAUAUCCCUUUCUCUCUCGCUCGAAGUAGGACAGUGAGGAUUCCACGACGUUAAUGGCAGUAGUAAUCACGAUGUAUGAAAUUAAUAGAUGAUCGAAAGAUUUUUCC